UUGAAUGUAAAUAUUUUGAUGAAAAUAUUACUUUGUAAAUAUUUUGUGUAAGUUUCGUCGUGUAUUACCUUGUGUUGGUAUAAUGGCCGGAGAAGCAACAUGCUCCGGUACAGCUACUGUACCAAACAAGAAAAAAGGUAAAUUUUCAAGACAAGAAUCUGGAAUUAGUACAGAAUUUGAGGUAGAUAAACCUGGUACCGUAACUACAAGUCAAACAACACGUGGUGGAUUACGUGUUUAUAAAAUUGUUGUGCUCGGUGACGGAGGUGUUGGCAAAUCGGCUGUUACAUUGCAGUUUGUGAGUCACAGUUUUUUAGAUUAUCAUGAUCCAACAAUUGAGGAUUCUUACCAACAACAAGCGGUUAUUGAUGGAGAACCUGCUCUUUUAGAUAUUCUAGACACUGCUGGUCAGGUCGAAUUUACUGCAAUGCGGGACCAAUAUAUGCGAUGUGGCGAAGGGUUUUUAAUAUGUUAUUCAGUAACAGAUCGUCAUAGUUUUCAAGAGGCAUUGGAAUAUAGGAAGUUAAUAGCACGUGUACGUGCUGGUGAAGAUAUACCAUUAGUUUUAGUUGGUAAUAAAUUUGAUUUACAACCGCAACGUAAAGUUUCAUUGGAAGAGGGUAAAGCAUUAGCGAGACAAUUUGGAUGUCCAUUCUAUGAGACAUCAGCCGCAUUACGCCAUUAUGUUGAUGAAGCAUUUCAUACGUUAGUACGUGAGAUACGUUUAAAGGAACGUCAAAAAAUGAACACUAAUGGUGCCAAUUGUGUUGAUGGUAAACAUCAUCCGAGCGGUAAACAUAGCCGUUGGUGGCGAUUACGUAGUAUUUUUACGUUAGUAUUUAAACGUAAACGGCACCAUCAAUAUUCACCGUGAAUGUAUUUUGUUAAUACCGAAAUUAUUUUUAGUUUGCUUUCCUGUCAGCGAAAUACGAGUUCGUUUUAUCCCAUUGAUUCAAAAUUAUUCACUAAAAUUUAUUUUUAUUUUUUAAUAGAAAUCAAAUGUUAAGCCAAAGAUUAUAAUAUUUGUUACGAAAAAGGUCAUCAGUAUUGAAAGUGUCAACUCAUUGUUCUAGUCAGCAACGGUUCCUAAAGUUUGACUAGCAAGGUUUAAAAUUCUUUGUUAAUUUUACAAUUUUUCUCUUUAAAACAAAUUGAAAUGAGCAUAACUUCCUCAGUUGUCAACGACACAUUUCAAGUUAAUAAGUUUAGCAUAAAUUAACGUUAAGAAAGUCGGAGAAAUUACCGGGGAAAAAAGUUUGAACCUCUCAGAAAGUAGUAUUGCAGCAAGACACUUGUUUUCUCAAUAACGAUAAUAAUUUAUGCAUUAUUUUUCUACAAAGCGAAAGGUUAAUUAUAAUGUCAUGAUGAUAAAUAGACCACAAAACAAAAAGAUCUAGUGAAUUAAAAAUUCUGAGAGAUACGAAUCGAAUAAUAAAUCAUCAAUUCGUAUCGAAAUUUCGAAAUAUAAAGCGAGAAAAUUUAUUGUAUACUCUACAGAAAAAUGCCUAAGAUAAUUAUUUCAGAAAGGCUCUAGGCAUGGUGAGAAAAAUUUGGUUUUAAAUAUUCACUUUCAUGAGAGAUAUUCGCCCGUUGUUAAAUUGGAAACUCUGUUCUUUAAAAAAUGAACUUGAUUUUACUAUGUCCUUGCUGAGGUAGUCAUCGAGGUCAACAUCGAUCAUUUUUACAUAUGUAGAGUACCCAAAGAAAAAAAAGAUAGAAAAAACCUUUUGAAUCUUGAGAAUUAAAAAUCAGAAAGUCUUAGAAAAACUUAAUUUCCAUUCACAGUGACUUAGACGUAACCUCCUUAAUAUGUAGUAAAUAAUUCAAAAUCAAUUUGAUGACGCUUUCUAACAGUUAUAUGAAUAUUUUUG